GGUUGAUAGUAUUAUUAAACGAUUAAAAAAGGUAUCUCAACCCUAAAGAGACAAAGAAAAGGAAAGAGAGGAAAAAAAAAGUUCUUAAAAUAAAAAAUAUAUAUUAGAAGAAAAAAGAGUUUAGGGUUUUACUAAAAAGAGAAAUAGAAAGUUAGAAGUAAGUGUGAGUGGGAACAAAAAUAACGGAUAACACAGUUAUAAAAUCCCAUUCUUUUCUUCAACCAUCUUCGCCACUUCUGUCUACAUUCAUUCGUUCAAUUAAACAGUGCUUCGCUUCGAAACUAAGAAACAAAAUAGUAUAUUUUUUUUGUUUCUCCAUGGACGUGAUAUUAGUUCCAGAGCAAGGAGAUACAUUCGGCAUUGAAGUUGGCUACUUCGACACUGUGUUAGAAAUCAAAGAAAAGAUUGAGAAAUACCAUGGUAUUCCUAUUCCCAAACAAACCCUAAUCUUCAAUGGCCGCAUUCUACAAGACGACCGUGACGUCGAAUUCUGUGAAAUCUUGCAACACUCCCGGAUUCAGCUUGUUGUCGCUAAUUCCGAAUUAUCUGCCCAAUCCCAAAUCGGACGGCUGAUAAUGAAACAGCACAAUAUGAUUCCAGAUCCUUCUUCUCAUCAUCAUCCGCCAUCGGGAACCACAUCUACAAAAAACAGUAAUAAAUUGAAAGUGAUGGUGAAACCUAAAUGUGGGAGUUCAAAAAUACCAAUGGAAGUUAACCCAACAGACAACGUGGGUGAAUUGAAGAAAGAGUUGGAAAAGCUUCAACAGAGAAUGCAAUUUCAUUUGCCUCCUGAGGGUUUCUUUUUUAUUUAUGAUCGUGAUGUUAUGGAUGAAGACCGUUCGUUUCGAUGGCAUGGUGUUGCUCAUGGCGAUACCAUUGAGAUCUUCAAUGGCACUAUUACUGGUGGAUCUUGAUUCUUAAUUUCAUUCUUUCAUUCAUUCAUUAGGUACCACGGACCCUUCUUUAAUUUUUCUUUUCUUUUAAGGGUUUUUUCGGGACAAUCAAAAUUAUUUUGUAAAUAACACACACGAAUUGAUAACUA